UACUAUAAUAUAAUUUCCAAAAAAGCCUGUGUUCUAACUGUCCUAAUGAUGUUGUCUUCUUGUUCUUUUUUGUGAUCUGUUUAUGUUAAACAACUAUUAUUUAUAUGUCCUAUCUAUGUUUUCGAUGUAACAAGAGAGUUAAGUCAAAUGAGGUGUGUCGACCGAAUCUUGUUCUAAUACCUUCUCCAAAACCAUACCUUUACUCAGUGGUAAAAUUUCAUACAACUAGAUGUCUAACUGCUAGUCCAUAUAAACUUCAGGUCACGUUUGUGAUACUAAUCAACUUUACAGAUGGAAAUAGAUAAGCAUGGUCCAAACAUUAUUCACAGGUUGAUUCAUUUAACUACUAAUUCACGCCAUUACUUAUCAGCAAACAUAGGUUUCUAAUUAAGCUAUAUAGUUAAUUCUUAUACUCCAUUUCAGUUUUCAUACGUUCCGAUCGCAAGCCAGUCUUCUGAAUCAGUGAUUGAAGGAACUGGGACAACUGUUGUAUAUGUUCAAUUAACAUCCUACAUCUGUGCACAACAUUAACUGCGUUGGAAGUAGGUCGAGAGAGAGCUGUGGGUGUUCAAAGCAAGAUAUAGCAUCAAUCCCCUAGGUCAUUGAUGACUAAUAGGUGCAGAUUAUCUGGUUGGAGCCCGCAUGAUUUUUUUCUGACUGUGACUCAUAUUCCGGUGAAAAUCUUCAUGAUUAUUGGAACUGUGACUCCAAAAACUCCUAUAACAUCUGUUGUAGAUAGCUGUCAGACGCCUAGCCUAACGACAUCCUCGGUUCCUGUAUCUUCAGGUUCUGAGAAUACUAGUGGUGUGCUUCUUAGCAAUUUAUGGACUCAGCUUGACCACAUUCAAUCUACAAUUCCGGACAGAUUAUCGGUUGCUAUGUUAGAGAGUGCUGGUGUGCAAAUGGAAAACAGCGACCCACGACUUGCCCGUUUAAUCAGUCUAGCUGGUCAAAAAUUUCUGACUGAUAUCCUUUCUGAUGCUAUGCUUCAUUGGCGCCUUGCAAAUGGACAACCUACUGGGCUGCUAAACCAUCCUAGUGUGUCCACAUCUAUACCAGGUCAAGCAUCUAAUCCGUCCUCCAUAAAUCCUAUUACAACACCAACGAGCAACCCAAGUCAGUCUAUUCCACAAUCUCCAUCAUCUACUUGAUCUUCUUAGCUUUCUGCUGCCAGGUUUUCCAUUUCCGACAUGUGUUACAUACUACUUAUGUCGACAGACAUAAGUAGCAUACAUCACAGUAUAAUAAAAUGGUUUCGAUUGUCUAUUCUUAUAACUUAGUUCCAAACAAGGUUCUCGUUGAAGAAUAAUGUAUUGAUAGCGGUAUUUGUUUUCCUCUUGUAUUAUAAUAUACAAACCAGUCUGUUUGCUUUUUAAAAGUAAAACCCGGGUAAUACUAAUACUAUUAAAUUUUGUUUUAAAUUCGCACCAUUCAUGUCGACGUUCUAAGCAGAAUAGAAGUUCGUGGUAGUCUCUGAAUAUAACACUGUGGCAUGCUACUCACUUUUUACUUUAAUGCUUUAGCUUUAUUAUUGUGUUUAAGUCUUGGCCAAGAUGUUAAAAUGCCACUUCAUUGUCAUGUGCGAUCUCUUUAAGACGACUAUUUACUUGUUUCCCGUCCAUGAAGUUCCACGUCUCUCCUGUUAAUGAUGGUAGCAUAAAAACUAAAAAAUUCCAAUAUGAUGGCAGAAAUGUCAUUGAGCAAACCAGUUUUACGUUCGUGGUGGUCUAAACAUCUGGUAUACUUAGGAAACUCAUUGCAAAUUUUAGUGAAAGAAUAUUGAAUUUUCCGUCUUUAGCUCCAAGCAGUGUUUCACUUGAAGUUGCAUACAUCAUUUCGUGAAAGCUAUUCAUGCAAGAGAUCGAUAUUCCAACCACAAAACUGUAAACCUAUAUUGGUGUUGAUACCAGAUCACCUACAGAAAGGCAUCACGCAAUUACAUAAAUCUAGUUUCGUGGACAACAGAGUGUCAUCAUUAAAAGGCUAUUUCACAGAUGCUUGUUGGCAGCAAUUAACCGGUAGGACAGAUAUAAAAGGCCCCAUAAAAGUGAGAAAUCGGUGUGAGGAACGAUGUAUUUUUUUCAUCGCUUUGUCUCCGACAGAUUCCGACCUGAAUGCGACCAAUAAUGAAUUUUGCCACUAGUUAAGUGUCCUGCAGAAAGUGCGUCCGACCGAUGCUGUAGGACUAGC